AGAAAACUAUCGAUGCAACAGUCGGUUUCAAAGUCUAUUAAAAUCUAAGCGCGCUUCCUGUACCACUGCAAUUAAAGUAAAUCUUUCCAAGAUAUGAUGCACACUAUCUCCCCUUCUGAAACCCAAAUGCUGAACAGUAUUAAUCAAAGAGAACAUAGCAAUCCUAAGAUGCACUAUGAGUAUUCUGCCCCGAAAGCGACAUCUCCGCCUAGGAAACAGAGUAGUCGCUCAAUGGCUAUCUGCUUUGCGGGAUCUGCCUUGAACGACGUUAACGAACUACAGAACCAUAUCAGUAUACGCACCGGGAAUACACUUAAACGAGCGCAUACAGCAACCACGCCUAUUACAUCUUUCAUGGAUUCAUUUGAUGGAUUUGCGUAUGAACAGUCUGAUGAUAGUUGCCCGUCAAGACUGAUCCAAAAUUCUUCACGAACAUCGAGCACGAGUUCAGUGCACACCAUAACAGAUGAGGUUGACUUGAGUACUGCGAAAGUCUACGCCAUUGACCCAGAAAAUUUGUAUGCAGGCAUCCUUGUGAAAAAAAGAUCAGGUCGAGGACGCGAACACUGGGCAGUACAGACGUCUGAAUCUGAUGCGAGCUUUGUUAGGUGUGAAACAUGCGCGGCGCUUCCCAAUGGACAAACCCUUUCCAGACAUUGUGCCGUGAGAAGAGAGAUCACUCCUAUACCACGGGAUAUGGUAUCACAACGAAUAGUGGGACACCAGGCGUUGCUGUGUAUACCCAGCUGGGACAAUAUCAGAUUGAAGUCAUUGAGAAAACAUAGUGAGACAGUGGCAGGUAUCAUUUUGUAAGUGAAGUAGUGUGAAAGGGGGAGGAUCUGUUGAAUACGAGAUAGCAGCCUUCGACUUCUCCUGUCACAUCUAUACCGUAGUGUCGGAUGAUAUAUACUACGCCGACCAAGACUCGACUACGAGAGGGAAUCGAUCUUCAAAAAUAGUAUUAUACGAUACAUAAGUGAAUUUGCCUGCCUGUGUAAGCGCUACUAUGACUGGCAUAAACAAUUAAAAAUACAAGACUGACUCGAGUAUAGGCA